ACAGCAGAAACGGAUUGAGCCGUCGUUCGCCCGCACUCGAUUCAUAUAAUGAUCAUACGCAGGCACGCACGACAUAUUAUUAAGUAUUAAUAUCGUUCAGGUAUCGUAAUUUUUUUUCCGGUUGAAACCAUUCACAACCGCGUAAACAACCGUAGACAACUAUAUUAUGUUAUAUUAAUAUUAUAACAUUGUUCUAACCGUACAGCCACACGCGUAUACCGUUUUGGUGUAGACGAUUGCUGCUGGCUGCAAGACCAAGGCAUCUCCUCUGCAGGUCUCUGCUCUCUUUCACCGCGAUAAUAAUAUCGUAUUAUAAUUCAUACAAUAUCGUUCACAUACAAUAACAAUAAAUUAUAGUAAGAGAUUAGCACCACCACGAUGGCCGAAACACCGUGUUUCUUCGGACUGACGACCGUCCGCGUGGGCACACGCGUCGUGGCUUAUUUACAAUUCUGGUCGCAAUUGUUCAUUGUCACGCUGUUGAUGAUUAAAUAUUUCAAUCAUUGGUUGGACACGGAUGCGAGUCCGACUACCGCAAACACAAAUGCGAUCGCUACGAACGAGACUGCAGCGACGUCGACAGCGAUGAAAUAUUACAGCGAACUGGAUUUCGACAUCUCGAUCUUUUCACAACUGUCGGGUUCACUACUGGUUAUAUACACAAGUUACUAUUUGAGAAUAGCUACGUACACUCACAACUUAAUGUACAUCAAUUUUUGGAUGAUACUCAACUGUCUCAAUUUUCUCUCAUCAGUAGCGUUUAUCAUUUUCGCUGCAUGGAGAAUUGGAAAAUUUGCAAUAUUUUUUACAGGGUUGAUUGGAUGCUUCGCAAAAGCAUAUAAAUUAUACGUUGUCUAUCAAUUUUACACGGACGAAACAUUACCAGUCGCAGUCAACGAUAGCCAAAACUCGGCGAGCAAUGGAAUCCAGUCGUUACCUCGGAAUCACGCAGCUGUGGAAAUCAGAACAGAAACAAUCAGUGCAAACGAUCACCGCCGGCCCACUUUGGACAUAAAAAAUGUUACACAGACCGCUUAAUAGAUACGACGAUAAAUCACUUUAGAUUUUAAAACUCAUUGCGAUAUUAUACCUGAUGUAUUAUAAAUAAUAUGGUGGCCAAAAAUACAGUGGUUGGAGUUAUUAUGUUACAAAACUAUAUAUUAUAAUAUUAUACAUUUAUUAAUUAUGUUCUGCAUUGUAUACUGUACAGGUAUAGGUACGUGUACUUGAUUAUUAUAUAAUGUAAAUUUCAAAACAAUUAUAAACAACCAUAUCUCCAG